AUGAUUAAAGCAGUAUUUUCAGAUUAUUUAGUACGAUUGAAUUCUGAAUAGCCGUAUUGGAUAGAUGAAUUUUCAAUAUUAGAUUUCAUAAUCGAUGAUGGUGUUGUAUAAAGAUGGGCUUCAUGGUUUCAAUACCUUCCAUUGAGUUCAAUAGUAUAUUCUGAUUAACUUGGGGUAUUGGAUAGUAAUUGCUAUCAUUUAUUCAGUUCGGUUGAGAAGGAAUCGAACUAGUUAAAUUUUUUACAUUAUGAUUGUUAAGAUUUAACAUCAAUGACAAUCACAAAAGUAAUAUAAUUUAUAGGAAAUGACAAUUUGCAAUAUAGUUACGAAAUAAAUAUAAGUAUUUUUGAAUAUGAAAAUUACUGGUAUUAUUUUGAUUUUAUUUUCUUCCCUUACAGCAACUAAUUUUAGAUAAUAAUAAUCAAAAAUGAAGACGUCAUUAUGGAUUAAUUUCUACAAGUAGUUCCAUUUUCUAAUGUUAUUUUGAUUUAAAAAAUAGGAGGAAGUUUUAUAGUCGAAAAUUCAAGAUUAAUAAAUAUUGAAAAAGGAAGAAAAUUUGCUUCAUUCCCAGGUAAGAUCCUUCCAAUCUCUUGUAGUAAUAAUUUAAAAGAUUUUGCUGCCUAUGCGAUUUAGUUUGCUCGUCAAAGUAAAUUAUGUAGGUGUUUAGAAAUCCUUAAAAUAAUUUAGGUGAUUACGAUUUUCUUGAGCUUAAGACUUAAAUUUAUACAUCAAAAUAUAAUAAUUGUAAUUCCUUUCUGUUUUCAGCAUGGUUUAAAAUAAAAGAAAUAAUAUAGAGUGAUAUGACAAUGAGCUAUUAAUUUAUAAAGUUGUCAUCAAAUUAUUAAAAUAGUUAGCUGUAAAAUUAGAAUUUAUCUCCAUUUUAAUUAUUUUACAAGAUUGAAAAAGACUCAAAAUAAUUGAUAAUAACAACCUAUAGUUAUUAAUUUCCAUCUGUAACUCUAGAUUUUACAAGCAACCCUUUCUUAAUUACAAGAGUAGUCGAUAUUAAUCAUAAUAUUUAAUUGUGGCAUCUGAUAUAUGUGAAAUUAAAAGAGGAUGACUUUUAAGUUAAUAUCAAAUUUUUUGAUAUGAGAAAAAUCUAUGAAUACGAAAUGUAAAUGAUUGUAAAGUAAUUUCAUCAAAUAUACUAUAAACUGAUAUUGGGAAAUAGCUUAUAAUCGAAUUAUAACUAUUUAAAUAUAAUGGGUAGAAACUUAUAUCUGUUUAAUUGUGAAACUGUUUUUUCUUAAUAAAACUGCCAUUAUAGUUGUGGUGAAUGUGAUGGUCCUACUGAGAAGGAUUGUUUAACUUGUUCUGAAGAUUCAUUAAGAAUUUAUUUUCCCGAUUAUAAAUAAUGUAUCUGUCCCUAUAUCACAAUUGAUGAUAUUGAUUGCAAGAACUAUACUAAUUUCCACUUGUAGCCAAUCUCCAUUACUGAAUAAAAUAUAGAAUGCAAAAAUGGUUAAUUUGAAUUCGAUGGGUAAUGUUAUGACUGGUAAUUAUAUAUGAUUAUCAAAGUCCUGGAAUUCAAAAUCAAGAUGCCGUAACAUGUUUAGAAUGUGUAUUAAAUCCAAAAGGAUGGAGUAAGAACCCUAUGUGUUAAUCAAGUUUGGAGUUUAAACAGGAUGGAAGCACAUCUAGAUUAGUUGAAGAUGUUAUUUAUACAUGGACCUAGAACUUCAACUUUAAUGGCAUUAAUCUUGAAUUCUGUGUAGGCUGUGUCAACUCCAGCAUUAUAGAUUAAAACAAUAUAAAUUAUGAUUAUAAUGCUAAAUUCAAACCAUUUAUGUAAUUUUGCUGGUCUACAAUAUUUAAAAAUGAUUGUUACUUUUGCUAGACACCUAAUUGUUCUUUUUGUGCAUUGUCUAUAACAGGAUAAAUAUGUAUAGUUUGUGAUUGGGUUAGCGAUCUAAUAAAUGGGUAAUGUAUCGCUUUGGAAGUGGGAAUUUUAGAUGAAAAAAAUUGUAGAACGCCAUAUUACAUUACCUCAAAUUAUGAUUGUGUAUUGUGUUCUAUAACUAAUUGUGUGUAUUGUUUUGAAUAUAUCUUUGAUGAUUUAACAAAAAGUACACUCUACCAAAAUUUCUAAAAAUUUAAUGCAGAUGAGAAUCUAAAAGUAGGAUGUGCAAUGUGUGAGGAUGGAUAUAUAUUCGAUUUUCAAUUAGGAGAAUGCCUUAAAAAGAGUUCUAAAAUAGACACCUGUUUAAGAAGUUAUAUUAAUUAAGAAGGUACAGAAAUAUGCACAUUAUCCUCAAAAUAAGAUUUUUCAGUAGCUAAAGAAAUAAUAAAUUGUGAAUAAUUAAUCUCGAAUUGUCUUCAAUGUUUCAUUACUGUGUAAUCAAUCUUGAGAUGUAUAAUUUGUAAAGAGGGUUAUACUAGUACUACUACUGAGAUGAAUGGAAGAUGUUCCCCUAAUAUAAGAUAGUAUGCAAAAGUAAGUAUAGAAGGAGAUUUUUUUGUAUAUGAUGCAUGGAUGCAAAGAAUCCAAAGCUUUAUGGGGUCUUUUUUACCAAACUAAUAUUUUUAUCCUAAAUCAAAUUCUUAUUUUAUUGAUGAAAUUGCUAUCACUUGUCUAGAGGGUUCUGAAAUGUUUCAAAAUAAGACUUGUAUUAAAGCUUGUGAACCUGAUUGUAUAGAAUGUGAAUUGUAUCCAUCUCGUUCUUACUAUUAUUGCAAGAAAUGUCCCUUAGAUUAAUAUAAAAGACCGUCUAGAGUGCAAAAGGAUGGAUAGUGCUUAAGCUGCUCUCCAUUAUGUCUAUUUUGUUAAGAGAGAACACCAGAAGAAAUAUUAGUAAUCUAUUAAUAAAUAUAUUGUAGUUAAUUUAGCCCAAUUUUAUACUUAAUGAGAACAAUCAAUUGUAGACAUAAAAAUGUAUUCAACCAAUAUUUGAUCCAAAUGUAAAACUUUCAACAUCAUAAUAUAUACCAAUUUAUUGUUUGGAUGAAUAAUGUAGCAGUAAUUUGCUAUAUGAUUACGAGGGUCCUUGUUCGAAGUAUGAUAAUUCAAUGACUGAUUUAUUAAUUAAUGAAAAUAUCCGUUACCUAAACUUGAUUGGAGCCUAAAAUGUCAUUAUUCAACUUCAAUUUACUCCACCAAACACUAACUGUUAAUAGAUUAUUAAUAUCAAUUCUAGCUAACUCAAAUAACAGAUAUAUUCUUUAAGGACAACUAAUUUAACUAUUUUAGGAAAUGGAAUCCUAUAUAAUCCAAAAGGGGGAGAUGUUAAGAUUAACAAUUUUGAAAUAGUAAAUAUUUUUAAUACUGAUAUCUAAAUAUCGAAUCUAACUUUUAAUCUGUUGGGUGAUCCGAAAUUAAGAUUUGCUUUGAGAAAUGUUAGGUUUUUAAAUGGACAACUAAAUCAAAUGAAUAAAUUCUUUAAUUCGCAGUAAUUUGAAAGUAUCAAUUUAUUAAAUAUUACAAUCAUUGAAAUGGUUCUAAACGAAUCAUCAUUUUUUCAAAUAGAAUUUUAGUAAUUAGGAGCAUAAAUUUACAUAAACUAAUUAUUAAUUAUUAAUAGUACAUUUAUUAAUACUGAUCUAUUUUUAAUAACAAACAGCUAAAUAUCGAUUACGAUAGACAGUUUAUAGAUUGAAAACUGCACCUUUCUUAAUUCAACUAUUUUAAAAAUGAAAUAAAAUUAAAUAGAUGCAAAAAUAACGACAAUAUCAGACAUUCUAAUGAGAAAUUGUCAAUUAUCUUAUUCCUCUAUCAUAAAUUUUGAUGACUUAACUUAAUUUUAAAUUAUUAACCUAAAAAUUCUCUAAAAUAUUUGGUAAAAUUCAAACUUUUUGAUUUUUUAUUACAAUUUAUCUUUAACAGAUGCAAUUUUUGAGGAUAAUAUUUUAAAUAAUUCAAUAUUAAUACAAGCACUUGAUUCUAAUGCAACAAAUGAUGUCACAUUUUUCUUAAGAUAACUUUCAGUUCUCAAUUUAAAACUAAUGAACUCAAACUUAAUUUACUUGUCAUCUUCUUCCUUGGUUAAGAUGAUAGUAUAAUUUAGUAAUUUUAAUAUUUAGAAAGUUGUAGGAAUAGAAACUCUUAAUAAUGUAUAAAAUUUGUUUAAAUUUAUCCACUGUUUCAGCUGCUCAAUAGAAUAAAUUUAAAUUCUAAAUACAUAGAAUGUACCAAUAUUUUAUUUUUUUGAAAGUAAUGAGAUAAUCAUUGAGAGCCUUAUUUUUUAAUAAAAUGCUAAAAAAAUUUAAAUUCAUUACUGCUAAUAGUCAGACGAAUUUAAUAAUUAAAUUCUUUUUGUUUAAGGAUUUUCGUUUAUUAAAUUAAAAUAGUUUAAAAUAAUUAAUUAUGAAAAUUUUAACUAAGCAUUUGUUGAAAUACUGUCAUCCCCUUAACAAUUAGAGAAUCUGUCUGAGAAUAUUGAAAUUACUGAUAGUUUAUUUUUAAAUAAUAUUAUCGAAAAGGUUCUAUAAAAAAGUAUUAUAUCUAUAAUAAGUAUCUAUUCAAAAAAACAGUAAUAAGUUAUCUUUGAAAACUUAAAUUUUAUCUAAAACUUUUUCCAUCAAUAUAUGGAUGAUCCAACUGAAAACUUUGCUGGUUUAAUAUAUAUAGAUUCAACAUAAGGACAAAUAAAUAUGAAUAAUUUAUAUUGUAAAGAAAACGCAAUAACAAAUUCAUCGACAUCUUUUUUUGUUGUAAUUUCACAAUCAAUUUUUAUUAAUAAUGCUUCUGUUAGUCAUCAUAAUGUCAUCAGCCAAAAAUUAUGGAGUGAAUUUUAUCAAUUCGAUCUGGGCUAAUAGUAUGACUAAGAUCAAAUUAACUAAAUUAUUCAAUAACUUUAUCCUACAUACAUUUAAGGAGGAGUCGCCAAAAUAAAUUGUGAGUAAUUUAUCAGCAAAAAUUCUAUAUAUCAACAUAUUUUAGCUUAAACUAGUGCUGUCUUUGAAAUUAAAACUUCAGGAAAAGGAUUAUUAUAGUUUAUCAACAAUACAAUUUAAUAGAUAUCAUCUAUUUAUAGCUAUGGUACAGAUAAUUUUGGCUGCAUAAAUAUUAAUUCCUAAAAUAGUUAUUUAAAUUUAGAAGCAUCAAAUACAAUUUUUCUAAAUGUAUAAAACGGAAUGAGCACUGUUUUAUUUUCUAUCAGUCCAUCACAAAGAAAGGCCAGCAUAUUAUUGAAGGAAAUACAAGUGAUAAACUGUUUUUCAUUCUUAAAUUAAAUAAUUAAAGUCUAAUUUCCAUAGAACAAUGACUAAAGUUUAUUUAAGAUUUCAAUUUUAAAUAUAAACUAAUUUUUGAAGAAUCAGCUUGGAUUAGUUAUUUUUCAAGAUUUGGAGCAUUUACUGAAAUUACUUAAAUGAAUUAAGAUAAUGGAAUUUUUAAUAUAGUUGGAGGAUAAAUUACUAUUGAAUAAUUUGUUAUUUAAGGUAUAAUAUUAUCCCAGAUCUUUAAAAUAGAAAAUUCUAUUAAAUUGUUAAUAAAAAAUGUCUAUAUAAUCGAUAUUUUCUCUUUUUAUCAGUAACCAUUAAUAUUUCUUGAUUAAUAAGUAAAUUCUAUUAUUGUACUUGAAUAACUAAUUAUUUAACGAUUUUCAAUAUAUUAAUUUCGUUCUAGUGAAGAAGAAUUCUUUUAUGUUACACCAUAAUAUGUAGUUGUCGAAUGCUAACUUCAAUAACUAUCUUAAGAAGACGGAUAACAUUAGCAAAAUCUAAUAAGGUAAAACAUAUAACAGUUACAGGAAGAAUCAAAUAGUAUAGGCUAUCCAUUACUCUAAUUCAUUAGCUCAAACAAUAAAGUGAAGUUUAUUGUAACUUCAGUUAAACUAAUAUAAAAUAAUUGUUUAAGUUGCUCAAAGGGAGCUUUGGUUUUUGAUUUCACUUAAUUUAACUAUGUUAAAAUUUAUGAGUUUUUGUGUAUUUUUAAUUAAAUCAAAGAAAAUGGUUGUUUAAAUUUUAAAUUUAACAAUUAAAAUAAUUUGAACAAGGUUGUGAUAUAUAAUUCUCAUUUCAUCUAAAAUAAUGGCAGUCAAGGAGGUGCCAUAAACGCUGAAAAUAUUACUCUAUUUAUAAGCAAUUGCAAACUAAUUGGAAAUAGAGUAACAUAAACAGGAGGAGGCAUAUAUGCUGAUAUUAAUAAACACGAUUUUUAAAUUAAUAAAUCGAUUAUAAUUUUAAAUCAUGCUAAGGUAGGAGGAGGUAUUUACUUUGCAAAAUAAAAUAAUCUUAAGGAUGAAAACAUUUUCUAAUCAGUUUUGCUUUUUAAUUAUGCUGAUAGUUAUGCAAAUAAUUUAGUAGAAACUCCUACUCAUUUAAGUCUUUCCAUUAAUGAUAUUGAUAUAAUUGCUGAAUAAUAAAACUUUGGGAGAAAUACGAAAUUAACUUCAAAAAUCAGACCUUAUAAUGUCAUUGAAUAAGGAUAAUUAUUAAAGACAAAAUAGUUAAUGAUCCCAAGCAAUUAAAAGAUUAAUAGUUAUUAAAUAUAUGUUCCAAGAUUUUAAAUAUUUAUAAAUUACAUCCACAAUAUGCUUAUAUCAGUAAAAAAUCGAUAUAAUGAAAAUCUAGAAGAUUUAAUUAAUUCAUCUUGUUAAGUAAAUGCAGCCAUUUUAUAUGAAAACAAUCGCAGUGUCUCAUAAGAAAAAAUAACUUUCAAUAUAGAAUAAGAUUAAAAUUUGAAAGCCUUUGACUUAAGUUCUCUUUCUUUUCGUUUUGAUCCUUAUAAUGAGGAGUAGUAUUUAUUAUAGAUAGAAUUUAAAUGUUUAUUUGAUUAGAAUGCGGAAUAGUUAGAAUAUCUAAUUUAUGCUAAAGCACUUAAAUGCUAAUUAGGAGAAUUCUAUGUAGAUAAAGGUUGUUAAAUCUGCUAAUCAAAUUAAGGGUUUUAUUCUGUAACUUAUAAUACAACAAAAUGUUCAAUAUUUGACAAAUAAAAAUUUGAAAAUAUUUCAUCUAAUUAAAUUAAAUUGUAGCCGGGAUAUUGGAGACCAAAUUAUCUAUCCGAUUAUACUGAAAGUUGUUUUAAAAACCCUAAAUUUUGCAUUGGUGGUUGGGAUGUUGGAAAUGAAUUAUGCAGUUUAGGUCAUAUUGGAGGAUUAUGCGAAGAAUGCGAUAAUUUUGAUUUAAGGGGAAAGGGAUAAUUUUAUAAAGAUUUAUCAAAUUUUAAAUGCUAAGAAUGCAAUGAAAUUUGGAAAAGUAUUCUACCUUUUGUAUUGACUUCAAUUUGGUAUUCUGUUUAUUAAUCUUUAGGGCUUUUCUUUAAAUUUUAAUUACUUUACGGAGUAUUGAAAAAUCAAAUAAAUUGUUUUCAUCUCUUAAGAUUGGACAAAGAUAUAGUAAAAUAAUAUUUAAGUUAAAUUAAGGUAAUUAAAUAUUAAUAUUACAGAUCAUGAAAGUAUUCUUAUCAAGAUGCUACUGAAUUAUUUAUGGAUAUUUUCAGUUGUUUUUAACAUAAGUGUUUCUUUUUCAUUCAAUUUUAUUGAAUAAACUAGUAAUACAUUGUUUGUUAUGGUUAAUAAUUUGGAUUGCUAUCUCACUUAAAUCUAAAAUAUAGAAUUAAUCUAUUUAAGAUUAAUAUUUAUGUUGAUGCUGAUUAUAAUUCAACUUUUGAUUAUUUGGGCAGGAUUUGCUAUUUAUGCUAAGUGCAAGAAAUAAUUACUGAAUAGAAGUUAUAUUUCAAAUACUUUGCUGUAUUUAUAUGUAUCAAAUUAUGCUGCUUUAAUUAAAUAGUAAUUAAAUUUAUAUAAAUUAGGUUCUGUUCCAUCAUUUCUAUUAGAUAAAUUUCAUAAAUUCCAUAUAUUCAAGGAGAUGUAUCCCUUUUGUAUGGCACCCCUAAUCAUAUUUCUUGGAUUAUAUUUUUUGCUGUUCCCGGUCUUGGAAUCUUAGGUCUUUUCAUCCCUUUCUCCUUAUUCUUUAUAAUGUACAUUAAUCGAGAAUAAUUGGAUAACAUAAAAUUAAGAAGACAUAUUUGUUAUCUUUUUAAUGAAUAUAAUACUGAAAGUUAUUUUUGGGAAUCAAUUAAAUUGUCAAAAAAAACUAUUAUUAUCAUAAUCUUGACAUAUUUUGAAAGCAAUGUGUUUUUAAAGGCAUCACUUUUAGGAUUAUGUUUAUUAGUCUAUUAAUUGGCAGCUGUAAAACAAAAACCAUAUAUAAUUUAAAGUUUGAAUUUCUUGGAUAUUCAAACAGGGUAAAUUUGCUCCAUCACUUUAUUCCUUGCUGGAGCGAAUUAUGUAUGUGAAUAGGAAAAUUAUUCAAGUAUAUUAAUACCUCUAUAAAUUUGUAUUGUGCUACUCUGCAUUAGAUUAUGCUAUCCAUUCCUUAUAAACAUUUUUAGAGUUUAUUUUAAAAAGUAUAAAGUACCUUUUGUCUAAUUAAUCUACAAAAUUUCAAGAUAUCUAAAAGCAAAUUGUUCUCUUACCAACUAUUUGAAUAAUCAACUAAAAAAACUAAAUUAAAGGGAAUACCGUCUUAGAAAUUUUUACAAAAAUACGAUUCCAUCUAAUAUCUUUAUCAAAGGCUUAGUUAGGUUAUCAAAAGUAAUAUAAUAUUAUACAUAGAUAAAUUUUCUCCUUGAUUAAUUCCUAAUCAACAAUCAGAUAUCGAUAGACUUUAGUUGA